AUGCUUCGUCCAGGUUCCUCAAUGAGUAAAGCCAAGCAAACAAAGGCAGCAAUCCCAGCCUCCGGUGGAAUGGCUGCCAGAGUUGUUCAAGAGAAAAUGCCUACCUUGGAAGAAUAUGUGAAAAACAGAGAUUGGGUAGGAGCGAUUUCCCUCUUAGAAAAUGAAUAAAAUUUUAAUGAUUCAAGAGCUGAGCCCAAAUUGUGGUUAGCCUAUGCAUGUUUUCACAAUGGAGAAUAUAAAAGGGCCAUCCAAGUUUAUGAUUAGAUGAUGACCAAGUCUGAUUACAACAAGGAGAUCCACAUCUACAAAGCUUGCUGUUUUUAUGCCCUGUGUCAAUACGAGGAUGCCAAAAGAGAGUGUUCUAAAGGCCCAGAGACACCCUUGUCUGUGAGAUUACAAUUUCAUAUUGCUCACAAGAAAAAUGAUGAGAAGAAUCUCAUGACCUAUCAUCACAAGAUACAAGAGACUGUCCACGAUUAGUUAUGUUUGGCAGCAAUUCAUUAUUUAAGAGGACAUUAUGAAGAAGCAACCGAUGCAUACAAAAAAUUACUGCUUGAAAAUCGAGAAUACUCAGCAAUCAAUGUUUACAUAGCAUUGUGUUACUAUAAAUUAGAAUAUUUCGAUGUCUCUAUUGAAAUACUAUCUUCUUAUUUAAAUCAAUUUCCAUAAAGUGUAACAGCAAUCAAUCUCAAGGCUUGCAACCAAUUUUAGUUAUAUAGUGGCAAAUUAGCCGAGGAAGUAUUCAAACCUUUGUAAUAAUAAUACGAAGGGAUUAAUGUUUGUGCAGAUAAUGAUUUAUUAAAACAUAAUUUAGUUGUUUUCAGAUAAGGAGAAAAUGCCUUAAAGGUAUUACCUCCCUUGGUAGAAAUUUUCCCUGAAGCUAAACUAAAUCUUAUUGUCUAUUAUUUAAAAAAUGAAGAUAUUGGAGAAGCAUUUAAUUUGGUUUAAGAUCUUUAACCAACAAACCCAAAAGAAUACAUCUUGAAAGCUGUUGUUUAUGCUAUGAAAGGAUAAUCCAGUCCUGAUCAAAAGGAAGCUUUGAAAACUGCACAAUAACUCUUUUAACUAGUAGGAUCUUCAGCUAGUGAAUGUGAUACCAUACCUGGAAGGUAAUGUAUGUCAUCUUGCUUCUUUAUUUUGAAACAAUAUGAAGAUGUUCUGGUUUACUUAAAAUCCAUUAAGCAAUUUUUCUAAAAUGAUGAUGAUUUCAAUUGGAAUUAUGGAAUUGCAUGUGCUGGUACUGGAGAUUACAAAGAAGCUGAGGAGGCCUUAGCUUAGAUUCAAUCAGAAAAAUACAGAUCUGAUGAUAUCUAUAUCAAGUGGAUGACUAGAACAUAUAUAAUGAAUGGCAAGGCAAAGGAAGCAUGGGAAUUGUAUAUUAAUAUGGAGACUUCAAGCGAAUCCUUUUAAAUUUUAGUUUUGAUUGCCAAUGAUUGUUAUAAAAUGGGGCAUUUUUACUAUGCAGCGAAGGCUUUUGAUAUUUUACAAAGAUUAGAUUCAGAUAAUGGGGAACAUGAGUAUGAAGACGCUUUGAGAGGAUCAGUGGUCGGAGUAUUCCAAAUGGUCAUUACAUCAAAGGAGACACUGGAUCACUUGGUUGAGGUGAUAAACAUCUUAACAAACACAGGUGAUAAUCCUUAAGUAGAAUAUAUUUUAAAAAUAAUUAAAAAAUGGGGCAAAGAAAAUAAUUGGAAAAUAUGA